AAGUUUAUAUUUUCUUAAAUAAAAGAAAAAUUAAAUAAUAUGCUGUUAGAUUCUUCAAAAAAAAUGAAUGAUAAUAUUUUAAAUUUUUAAAAUUUUGAUUAAGUAGAUUCAGAAAUAUAAACAAAAUUUAGAGACAGAGUAAGCUCUGUAUAAAACCAAAACUCUAAAAUAGGGUUUACAAAUAGGACAAGCGAAAUUUUAAGCAAUUAGGAGUUUAACAAUAUUCAACCAAGAAUGAACGACAGUUAAUAGUAGAAGAUAUUAUAGUAGGAUUUGGUAAAUAAAUAUAUAAAGAAUGAAGGAGGAAUGCAUCAUUAUAAUUAGCAUAAGUUUCUUUCUCCUAGAGAAAGCCCUUAGAAAGAGCGCAAUCGUUUCCCAUUUUUAUCUCCAUAAGGUAAAUAAAAUAGUAGCUUGGGGUAUGAUGAUAUAAAGUAUGGAAAUUUUUCAGUAAGAUAAGACUAUGUUUUAACGGAAAAUAAGCAGAAUACAAUUUAGAAUUAAUCAUAUUCUUAAUAUACUAGUGGAAUUGCAAAUGUUAGCCAUGAUACGAAGAAUAUGAAUAUCUUAAGCUAAGUUGGAAGCACUUAUCUGAAUAAGGUUGAUCAUCAUUAGAAUAAAAAAAUUGAAGAUAUUUAGUAUGGUUUGAAAAAAGUACUUUCUACAGAUUCAUUAUUUACAAGAAAAGUGAUAACUGAAAAUGAAAAUAUUAAAACUUAAGGACUAAUUGCAUAUGGAUUAAAUGGAAAUCAAUAAUAAAGUAGCUCGAAUUUGCAGUAAUCAACUAAUUAAGAGAGUUAAAAUGCUAAUUACAAGACUAUAAUUAAUACAUCUUCAUUUGCAAGUAAGUACCAAUCAAUAUAAAACAACCAAAGAAAAAACUGGGAAAAUUUUUCAGAUGAUGAAGAUAAUUGUAUAGAUGGUACUUAGUCUCCUUAAUAUAAAUAUUAAUCUUUAAAAUCUGUGAUACCUACAAAUAAUGUAGAUGAUUAAGGGAAAACUUUUCAAUAUUUACAAAAAUUUUCAAGCUUCCCCUAUUCACCUAAGUAAUAAAUAACAAAUUAAAAUACAUAAAAUGGAUAAAACGAUCUAAAUUAAAAUAAACAUGCUGCUUUAGUUGGUAACAGUAACAAAUUUCAAACCAAUUAAAAUUUAGCUCAGAAUUAUAGUCUUGGGAACAACUAAAAUUUGUCUUCUGCAAAUUUCUCAACUAGACUUAAUACUUAAGACAGUUAAAUAAGCAGCAGAUUUACUACAAAAAGUAUAAAAAAUUAAUUUAAUGAUCAUAAGCAUGUAUCAAAUAUGAACUCUCCAUCUAGAGUUAGAGAAAGCUCUUAGUAUAAAUAUUAGAUUUUAUAACAAAAUUCAAAUAACAAUGAUUAAUCUCAAUUUAAAGGCAGUAGUGAAGUGCUAUCAUAAAAUGCCACCACAAAAAAUAGUUAAGUUUUUACUAAUCCUACUUUAUAAAUAUACAAAUAAAAUAGUGAAACUUUUAUAAGUAAAAAAUAAGACAACAGUUUCUAAAAUUUACUUGGUAUAAAUUUAAAUUAUGCAACAUAAGCAUAGUAGUAAUAGAAAUCAAAUGUCCAUUAAAUUCACCAGCACCACAAAUUCUUAACAUAUAAUGCACCCAAAACGAGUAGAGAUAUAGAUGAAACUACCUAAACUUAGUAAAGAGAAAGCAUAAAGGGUUAUAACAGUUAAUAUAAUAGUUAAUAUAAUGAACAUAGAUACUCUCUGACUAAACUAGAUAAAUAUCCUUAUAAUUAUGAUUUUUAAACUGAAAAAGCGAGAGCUAUUUCUCCAGACAAUCCAAUUAUAGAAAAAUUACAGAAAAAUAAUUUUUAGCAAACAAUUAAUAAAUAAGAAGAAAAAUAGGAAGAAUAAUUCAGGUAAUUUAUAUAAGAUAAUUCAAGUUAAAGUAGUAGUGGGCUUUAUGGUUCAGGUGGAUUUAAUUUAGGAUUUAGGUUUAACACAGGUUAGUAAAGUGAAAGAAUUGCUACAAAUCCGAACAUCUUUGUAAAUAAAGGAAAUUUAAGAGAAUCUGAAUACAAAAAUUCAAUUGUGAGUUAAAAUAAUAAACCCAAUUUAGAUGCUUUUAAAGGUAGUUCUUAUCUAAAAAAUACUACUGAUCCUGAAAAAAACUAAUUUUGGAAUAUAUAUAGAUACCAAUCGUUUAUUCAAGAAAACAAGAAUUAUAGUUAAGAUUAAAUAAAUAAAAUUGAUUAAAACCUUGUUAUUCUUGCUUACUAAGAUAGCUUUAAUGAUUAGACCUUUUUCAAAUCAUUAAUCAUCAUACAUUUCUAUCAGCUGAUUUUGCAAGAAAAUUUAGAUAUUUAUAAUUUAUCUUUGUUUGAUAUGUAUGAAUGGGUAAAUCAAAAGAGAAUAUAGUUAUAUUCUAUACCUCUUAAAGAUAUAUAAGAAUAGAAUCUCCAAGAAUCUUACAAAAAGGUCAUGUAUGACUUGGUUUAGAUGAAAAAUACUUCAUCAAAAGAGAGUUUAUUUGAAAGAUUCCUAUAUUACUUUACAAAUGAUGCAACUUUUAGUGAAGCAUUAAUUCAAAUAAUGAAGUAAGUAAUAGCACAGUGUUGCAAUUAAAAAGAUUUUAGUAAUGAAAUUUAAUAAUUUAAGCAUAUGAUAUUAUAAAAUUGGUUUGAAAUAAAACCUGAAUUUCUUCCAAUGCUGUCAAAUGCACUCAAUAAAGUUAUUGAAAUUCAUUAUUUACUUGACAACAAAAUAGAAACUACUGUUUAUAGCAAUUUAAAAAAUAAGUUCUCUGCUAAUAACUAAAAAGUAAUCAAAAUAGUUUAUAAUUAUAAUACCGCUUUAAAAAAGUAAUAUUAUAUGCCGCUUCUAACUUAUGAAGACUCUGCUUAUUUUAAAAUAUAAAAUAAUUCUCAAGCUAGAAAUAAUAACACUAUCAGCGUUGUUGCUUAUCUUGAAUAAAACAAACCCACCUUUAAUUCACAACUUUCUGCUUAAAACUAGCAAGAAGGCAGAACAUCUAUUAAUUAGUUAGAAAUUUAAAAUGCUUAGAAAGAUGAUCCAAUAACUAAUGAUUAUAAUUACCCUGAUUCUCCACUUGUUAUUUCAUCUAAGAAUUCUACUUUAAAGAGAUUAAAAGACUAGGUUAUUCAAAGCCAUUCCACUUAAGCUAUCUAAAUACAAUCAAAAAGACAAAGCAUUGAAGAAUCCUCAACUUAAUUAUAUUUAAAAAUGAGAAUGAGUCCUAAAAAGUAACAUUAAUAGUUUAGAUCUAGCUCUGAUUUAUGUCAGGUUCAAGGAACAGGUUUUAAUAACCAAAUAAAUAACCAAAAUUCGCAAGUACAUAUGUUUAGUUCCCAUUCUGCUAAUAUAAAAUUAUAAAAAGAAACUAAUAUUAACUAAGAGUUAAACUUACCUAAAUAUGACUAUGAACUAUUAAACAAAGGAGACUAUAAGUUAAAAACAGCAUUUUCUUCAGAAGCUUCUUUAAACAACAAACUACUUGCAUGUUCUCCAAACGAAAAAUCUCCUGAUAGUUCUGAUAGCUAUAAUACAAAUAGCGAUAAUUACAAUUUUACUAAAGAUCAAGUUCUAGAAUAAAAUAACCAUAGAAAAAAUGAAUAAUUUGAAUAGCAAUAGAAAUAAAUAAUAUUUAAUACUAAAAGACUAACUGAAAAAUUGCAAGCUUUUAUGCUUUUUUGCAAAGAUAACACAGCGAUAAUACAGGAUUUGUUUAAUUAAAAAAAGAAUCAGCAAUAAAACAGUUAACCCAACUCAAAAUAAAACACAUAAUAUCAGUCUUAAAAGACUUUAAAUUAAUAAAAUUAGCAUUUACAUCAAAAAGUUGCUGAAAAUAAAUUCGUUUAAGCAACAAAUAAUGCCUAAUAAAACUUUAAAAAUCCUUCUCCUCUUUAUCAGUAAACAAGCUAACAAAAUCUUACCUCCAUAUAACGAGCUACAUCCCCUAUUCAUCAUUAACACGCAUAUACUCUUAGCCCAUAGCAUAAUAUUUAAACUCCCACUACUAAUACUAAUAGAGUUUUAUCUCCAAACAGUUCUCAAAGAUUUAAUCAAUUCCAAAACAACAAUAAUAAUGCAAAAGCAAAUACAAUUAAUAAAUUUUCCGAUGCUAUUAAUCUUUUAGGAAAUCAACAAUAAUAGUAGCAACAGUAGUAAUAGCAAUAAUAAUUAUAAUAAUAAUAAUUAAUUUAACAGCAAAAUACUCCUUAAAUUAACAACUAAUAUUUAUAAAGUUCAGGUUAAUAACUAUAUAGCAAUAAUAACAACUAAUAAAUGAUAAUUUACCCAUAAUCAUAAUAGCCAUAAUAAUAAUAAUAAUAAUAAUAAUAACAACAGUAGCAUUAAUAGUAAAUGUUUAUUCAAAAUAACUAGAUUUAUUCUAACAAUACAUUAAUGAACCAAAAUGUUAGGUUCAAUCAUUUUUAAAAUUCUAAUACAGCAUCAAUUCCUUAAAAUAAGUUACCAAAUUCUAAUUUGGGUACUCCCGUAAAUUAUUUAGGUAGUCCUAAUACUAAAUAAGCAAAUCUAGACUUUUAAACAGCUACUUAAACUUAUUUUCCAACAGUUUUAAAUUAAAAAUAAUUUAUCUUUGGUAAAAAGUUUUGA